CCGGGGAGACCAGCGGCGGCGGCGGUGGCGGCGGCGGCGUCGGCGGGGGUGGCGGCGGCGGGGGUGGUAAUGGCGGAGCUGGUGCAGGGGCAGAGCGCUCCCGUGGGCAUGAAGGCCGAGGGCUUCGUGGACGCCCUGCACCGGGUCCGGCAGAUUGCUGCUAAAAUUGAUUCAAUUCCUCACUUGAAUAAUUCCACGCCUCUCGUGGACCCCACGGUCUAUGGAUAUGGAGUGCAGAAGCGGCCCUUGGAUGAUGGAGUGGGUAACCAGUUAGGGGCCCUGGUACAUCAAAGGGCAGUAAUAACAGAAGAAUUCAAAGUGCCUGAUAAAAUGGUGGGCUUUAUUAUCGGCAGGGGAGGUGAGCAGAUCUCACGGAUUCAGGCAGAAUCUGGUUGCAAAAUUCAGAUUGCUUCAGAGAGUUCUGGGAUUCCAGAGAGGCCCUGUGUACUUACCGGAACCCCAGAAAGUAUUGAACAAGCCAAACGACUCCUGGGCCAGAUUGUGGACCGCUGUCGGAAUGGGCCUGGCUUCCACAGUGACAUGGAUGGCAACAGCACCGUCCAGGAGGUCCUCAUCCCUGCCUCCAAAGUGGGUCUGGUCAUUGGCAAAGGAGGGGAAACAAUCAAGCAAUUGCAGGAGCGGACAGGAGUGAAAAUGGUCAUGAUCCAGGAUGGCCCGCUGCCCACGGGAGCAGACAAACCUCUUCGCAUCACUGGUGAUCCAUUUAAAGUACAGCAAGCAAAAGAAAUGGUACUGGAGAUCAUCCGAGAAAAAGACCAAGCCGACUUCCGAGGUGUGCGGGGCGAUUUCGGCCCCCGAGCGGGAGGAGGCAGCAUAGAGGUGUCUGUGCCUAGGUUUGCUGUGGGGAUAGUAAUAGGAAGAAAUGGAGAGAUGAUCAAAAAGAUCCAGAAUGAUGCUGGUGUGAGGAUUCAGUUUAAACCAGACGAUGGCAUUAGUCCAGAGCGAGCGGCGCAGGUCAUGGGGCCCCCCGAUCGCUGUCAGCACGCGGCGCACAUCAUCAACGAGCUGAUUCUUACAGCCCAGGAAAGAGAUGGCUUUGGAGGCCUGGCGGCGGCCAGAGGGAGAAGCCGUGGCCGAGGUGACUGGAGCGUGGGCACCCCCGGCGGCAUCCAGGAAGUCACGUACACUGUGCCGGCGGACAAGUGCGGCCUGGUCAUCGGCAAAGGGGGGGAGAACAUCAAAAGCAUCAACCAGCAGUCGGGAGCCCACGUGGAGCUUCAGCGGAACCCGCCCCCCAACACCGACCCCAGCCUCCGGAUAUUCACCAUCAGGGGCAGCCCUCCGCAGAUCGAGGUGGCCCGGCACCUCAUAGACGAGAAAGUCGGCGGUGCCAACCUCGGAGCCCCCGCUGCCUUCGGACAGAGCCCCUUCAGCCAGCCGCCCGCCGCGCCGCACCAGAACGCCUUUCCUCCCAGGGGCUCGGGGUGCUUCCCCAACAUGGCUGCGAAAGUGAACGGGAACCCCCACAGCACCCCCGUGAGUGCUCCUCCGGCAUUUCUGACCCAGGGCUGGGGCAGCACCUACCAGGCAUGGCAGCAGCCCGCACAGCAGGUCCCAAGUCAGCAGAGCCAGCCGCAGAGCAGCCAGCCCGACUACAGCAAGGCCUGGGAAGACUACUACAAGAAGCAGAGUCACGCGGCCAGCGCUGCUCCUCCGGCCAGCUCCCCGCCAGACUACACGAUGGCCUGGGCGGAGUACUACAGACAGCAGGUUGCGUUCUACGGGCAGACGUUAGGGCAGGCUCAGGCCCACAGCCAGGAGCAGUAGAUGGGCAACGCCGGCUCCUCCCCGAUCAGUGUGAGAGAAAACCUGUUUGUAACAGAGCUUUCUAGAUUUGCAAACCUUUUGAUGAAGAACCUUUGUUUUGUUCUGUGAAACACUAUAUUUAGAUUAACAGAAUUUUUCUAAAAUCGGGAAAAUUAGUUACUAAAAAUCGCUGGUGAUCUCCGUGUCGUCCUUCCCCACGCGGAGGGCUGGGCGCCCGGCUCCGCCCGCCCCUCCCCCGCGGGCCGCCCCGCCCCCUCUCCUGUCUAUUUACUUUUUUUUUUUCUGUUGCAACAGAAAGUGGCUUGGAAGUCUUAGGUGGUAUGUAACAAAUUCUUUAAAAAAAUUUUUUUAAACAGUAUUUAAAUAUUAAAUGUGUAAAUUCAGUGUUUUCCUUCUAAUUUCUUGUAUCUUGGCUGUCUGGUUUUAUUGCAUUUUUUUAAAAAACUGAACUAUUAUGUAUUGUAAUUAAUUAUGUGAAUUCUGAAUUGAAACAGAUAAUUGUUUUGCUGUCCAGCAGGGUUGGGGCGGGGCAUUUUGUAGGAUUUGUAUAAUUUCUAGAGUUCUAAAGGGUAAUAUAAAAAUGUGUCAUGUCUAGCGUUACAUUUUUCAUGUCUCCAUUGCCGGUUGCAAUUGUGUAUCUAAGACCUCCAAGCUGGUUUUAAAAACAAAACAAAAAAAAACCUUUCUCUCUCCUCAGAAAUAGAAAUACUGUUAUUUUUAAUAUUAAAAAGAAAUUCAAUAUAACUUUUAACAAACACUGUGGAACAUUAAACCCUAUAAAAAUGUAGUAACUAUUUUUUAAUUCCAGGGUGUUUUUUUGAUUUUUUCUUUUAAAUAUUUUCUUAAUAUUUGUCAAAUUAACUAGAUGAAUAAAAUAAAUCUAGUAUUAACCAUGAUAUGAAUUAAAUAACUUUGAUUUAAUAAAAGGGAUAAUAUGAUUUCCAAUGUUUACUGUAGUGUAUCUUGUACAGAUAACAUGUAUUUUUAAAGGAAAAAAGACUGAAUUGAAGCUAUUUUUUUCUUGCAUUUUUAAUGGACCUGAAGAACAUUCUGUUGGACACAUCCGGAAGUUACAGUUUCUGGAUUGUUGCUCUUUUCUUUCCUUACAAUGCUUGAAAUGUCUAACUAUUAAAACAGGCAGUUGGGGAAUGUUGUGCAUGUUGUUUUUAAAAAGAUGUUCUUUUUAUUUGACUGACAGUUCAUUUUACACUCUAUAUAAUAAAAUUCCCACCAAGUGUCUUGUGGGCCAAGUA